GACAUUUAUUUUGUUUUAUCUAGUAACAUUGAUUCUGAAAAAUGGACAGUGAUGUUUGUCAAGUUUAUGAAGAUGAAAUCCAGUCACUGAAAGUGGAAAUUGAACUAUUGGCUGAAAAGUAUGAAGAUAGCCAACAGGAAUCCACCUUUUUUUCUGAUGAGGAGAUAUUAAUGUCAAUAAAAUCAUUCCAAAGUGAACUUUGGGGAGAAUCUGAGGGACAUGAAUCUGCAACAGACCUGAAAGCUGAACUUGAAAGUCUAGAAACACGUCUCUCAUUUUUAAUGAAACUUACUGGUAUUCAGUUUACAGGUCAUUCCAAGAAAACACUGGAAAGGACUAGAAACAAAAUGGUGAGGAAGCACAGAUUAUCAGGGAAUUGCUGCUCCUUGUCUUUUCAAUUGGAAUUCCAGCUUCUUGAAAUGCAGAACAAAGGAAAUGUAUCUGCUGCUAUUACUGAUCUCAGUAUUAUAAUGGAGCCUAGGGGAAAUGGAGAUUUGGACAAAUUUGUGUUGAGCAGUGAAAAAUGUGGAAGUCUUUUAACGUUUUUCAGAAGUCUUUCAUCUUAUGCUGAGUGGUAUGAACAUCGCAGAUGCACCUUCCUGCAUUUCAAGGAAAAAUAUCCUGACAUUGUGACCCUUCCGGAAGGCCUCCUGGGAGAUUAUAUACUGCUGAGGAACCCCAAAACUUCUGGGUUUGAAUUAAUGAUUGUUUGGAAGAUACACAUCGAUGAGGAAGGGAGAUCUACACCUGUUCUGGACCUUCUGACUAAAGUACCAAAGCAAGUCCUGGACCAGAAUAUGGCAACUAUUGAGAAUGCACCCACCUAUUUCCGGAGCAUGCUACUUCUGGUUGGGAUAGAGGAAGCAAUUGAGAACCUGGUCAACGUAUUUGGCUCGGAAAGAUGACUACCAGCCUUAUUUGCAAUAGAUAGCAAUUUCAAAAGUAGUUUUAAUUCAGAUAUUGUGUUACACAGUCUAUAAUUUCAUUGAAUAUAAACAUUAAGUUAUUUUCCAUUUAGAAACCAUACUCAUAAAACAUGCUAUCUGUACAAUUAUGGCACGUUAUAUAUAAAUUGUCAUGACAGGAAAAUAAAUACAGCCAUUUAAAUACAAAAAUGCCAAAUAAAAUAGUUACAUGUACAGAGUGAAUUCAUUAUAAAUUUAUCUUUCUGAAUCAUUAAUGUACCAGAGUGGUUUUAUCUUCUUAACAUUUUCUAGAUACCUGGAAAGUGUUAAAAGAUCAUGCACUGUCAAAAAUCAAGUCCAUAAAAAUCCAUUUCAUUUCACAGCUCUGUAAAAGUACAGUGAUUUUAAAAGGACAAGAGAACAGUAAGAGACUCCUGGAACAAAGAGUUAAAUAGCUUUCUCAUUAAAUUAGGGUGGAAGUAGACAAUUUGAAGGUUUCAAAGACAUACUAUGCUAAAAGCAAAAAAGGAAAAAAAUGGUAACUGUAUGAAGUAACUUUUUUCCACACAGCAAGUGUUGAGGAGAGAUAGCAUUAACCUAGAAAGAGCCACUACACUUCUGUGAGGAGAGAUGGACAAGUUAAGGACUGCUCACUGCAAUACUUCCUUUUGAUUUCCUACCUCCAGGGGGAAAGUCUAGUUACGAAUGCAUCACAUUUCAUACAUUCAUCCCUAAAGAAACCAGAGUGGACAGAUCUCCCUUCACUUCUUCACUUCCACCAGAUGUACUGUUAGCUCACCAGCAACCUCUCAGCAUUUCUCAGGAGUACCUGCUCUGCACUAGACAUUCAUCAUAACUAACUGCUUUAUCCAGACCAAAUCUACAUGACUAAGUCACAUACUUCUCUGGUAGGGAAUGACAGCUGCUCCUGGAAUCAAGGGGCCAAAGCCACAAACCAGAAUCUCAAUAACGUCAUGAGACUUCCUCUUCAAAUCCACGACUGCUCUAACCGUAUCAGCAGCAGUUUGCCAGCUCCAUUUAUCAGUUAUGAAAAAAUAUGUUAUAGCAACGGUGAAAUAGGUGGAGAAACCAAGAGCUAAAGAAACAGUAUGUUUGUAAUACCGUAAUUGUAAUAACCUGCUAUUUGAUCACUCAGUCUCCUACUGUUCUGGUAGGUCAGGAAAAACUGGGAGGCUGGAUUGGUUUCUGUCAGAAUCUACAGUUGAGCAAUGCCAGGGAUCAGGGUUCAAUGAGCAGCAAUCUGUAACAGAAUACCUUGUUAGAUAUCAGGCAGAUUAAUUUCAAGUUUGGAAUCUAGUAGACAGGCACAAUGCAGUACUCUUUAUCCACUGACGUAUUACUGGUUUAGCUUGUUUUGUGUAACCCUUAGUGUAUUUCAUCUUUAGCUCUUUCUUCCAUGAAAAUGAAACUUGGUAACAGCACAUGCUCUUUACUUGCAUAAAAAAGGUGUGUGAAGUUAAGAGCAUAAAAUCCUGGAAAGUUUCCUUCCCUCCUCCUCUAACAGUUGGAGGAUUUCUGGAUUUUAAAGUAGCCUCUCUUCCCCCCAGGUCUCCUUUGGAAAGAAGGGGUUGUUAUCACUGUCACCUACCAGCUUAUUGCCCUGCUGCAGUGUCACAUUUCAGUGAGGCACCCCACUAACAUGUGUUGCCACCCGCAGAAAAGCUCUGCAGUGGUAUGAUUCUGCAGCUCAUACCUUUGAGUUGUACGGGGUUUUCUCACUUUGCUUUUUGAGUUUCAAGUAAAACUGAACCAUUCA